AUGGCCGGAGACUCUGGACCAGCUGCUACCCCAAUGAGCGUAGCUGGUGGUCAAGAUGCGACUCUACAGAGCGCACCCGGCGCAAACGACCAUUCCGACGAAUCGCCCGAGUUUCAUUCACCAGCAAAUUCUGCAGCCGAUGACGAGAAAAUAGCGUCAGAAGAGAAGGGAACGAUUCCGCUGGAACCCGCGACAGCUUCUCUUGGAGCUGCGGAAGAGCCACUGGCUACCAAAGCUCUUCAGUUCGUGUCUACAGCCACACCCGCUACUCUUGUCAGCAUAUCUGUCGGAUUCGCCUCGGUAGUUUAUAUCAUAUUUGGCCGAUUGGGUCUGGUUCUUAUCGGCGCCGUCGGUGGCAUUCUGGGCUUCAUCUCUUGGGAGGCGCGGAAUCCGGAGGUUUCUAGGGCCAUCAGGGGCGAGAAGGGCAUUGAUGUGCUGGAAAGGCUCCACCUCGAGAAGAAGGAAAAUGAAUCAAAAACGCAAAAGAGUAACGGGAAGGAGGAGCAGGUGGUUAUGAAAGCUCUUGACGAUUUCCGACCAGAGACCAAAGAAGCGCUGAGUGGCCUGAUCGAUGCCGCGAUUCGAGACUACGUGAAGGGCUGGUAUAAUCCGAUUAUACCGAAUGACCAUGCAUUCCCUCUUGCUGCCCGAAAGUCUUUGACUUCCUAUUUCCUGGCUAUCUCGAAUCAUUUAUAUCGCAAAAGACCAGCCGAUGCUUUCUUAGAUCUUCUCACCAACUCAGCCUCGAUUGUCAUUGUGUUCAUGUCCGAAUUAUCCGCAGCUUUUGCAGACGUACCUGCGGAGAGCACUAUGCGGGCAGAAGAAGUGAUUGCUGUUUACCUCGCCGCUCACCCAGACUGCCACCUCGCAAACCUUCUCAGUCAUAAUCAGCAAGCCACCAAGUUUAAGAUGGUCGCUGAAGAUCUGCUGCAGUACCUGGAUCGAGCCUCGUUAGACUGCGACCCCGUCAGGAUUUUCUUCCGCGAGAUAAUUAGCAACACUGUCCUUGAGGCCACACUGCAAACCUGUUCCAAGCCAGAAUGGAUCAACGGAUGGAUUGUCUAUCUUCUCGAAGGCGGAGAACCUGAUCUUAAUCAGGCCAUCGAUGUUGGCAUGCAGACAGGCAGAGACCCAAUGUCAAAUGCAUUUGCUGACAUGGAUGGAAAUAUUGGGAAUAUCAGCAUAGCAAAGCCAGGGCGUUCAUCCGCAGAAAUGCGCCGCAAGGACGGGGUGCAAAUCCAUAAGAAGAAAUUAAGCAAGGCAGAUGAAGAGGCGGAAGUGGUCGCGGAGAAUAUGAAGAAAACCAACGGUGUACACACCAACAGAGACCGGGCAUCUACGGUUCGGCCUUCAAUGGACAGGCCCGUGGAGCUAGAUUUGGCGAAUGCUGACCACCACAAGAAAUCCUUUUCCAAUGGCGAGUCGUCGGUCCAGUCAAACCCUUCUACCGUCUCAAGAAGCGAAACCCUCCCUACACCACUUACUCCAGGGUCUCCGGCAGAUAUACCUAGCCUGGAGACCUCACCACCUAAGCCGAUCGGCCAUUUCACAAGCUUUGACCAAAUAGCACCUCCGGUUCGAGACGAAGAUCUUGAUGAGGAUAUGCCACAACCCAAGAAGCCUCCGCUGACUUUACAUAAUGCUAACUUCACAAUUCACGAUGAUGCGGGUGAUCAGUCUCGAAUUCGAACCAAACCAAACUGGGACUACUUGAUCCAGGCAGAGCCUUCCUCUUCUCACUACUCCGGGUGGAUGAUUGUGAGAAGAUACUCCGACUUUGAAACCCUCCACGAGAUUCUGCGCAGAAUCGCAGCCAUCUCGGGCGCUACUGCAUUCACUGAACUACAUACAGACUUACCAAGCUGGAAGGUUCAUACACGACAGUCCUUGCGCGGAGAACUGGAAAGAUACCUGCGCGAUGCGUGUUGGUAUGCAUCCUUGGCAGAGAGUGAGGGAAUGAAACGCUUUUUGGAGAAAUCAAAAGGCCAUACUCAUACUCAAUCUGAGUCAAAGUUCGCCUGGGACACCAUGGGGAAAAACAUGAUGGACGCACUGACGGGGCCAAAAGGCGCGAUGGAGAGUGGCAAACAGCUUGUCGGCGGAGUCCAGAAUGUUUUCGGUAACUUCCCAGGGCUCAAUCGCAAAAACACCAGCCAGUCGGUUGAUCUCACUGCCAGCGCAAGCACAAGCCGCCUCUCGCUCUCCACCCCCGCCCGUUUAGAUACCAAGUCACCUGUAAGGUCCGAACGAGCAAGUAUGGAUAGUGAGCGAUCGUCCGUCAUCUCAACGCAACCUGGCAAAAUGCCACCUAUGGAGAGACGUCCCAGCUACCAGUCUCAGUCGGGAGAUUACGACAUGGAAGCCCCUAGAGUAGGCCGUUCAUCAGGACUUGCCAGCGGGCGGCAGAGCCACGAACACAGCAGGACCUCCAGCUUGGCUCCAACCCGUUCGCCGUCAUCCAUGAGCUUGAGUGACCUAAGGCUUCCUCCCCACCCGGACGAGAUAUCAGAUGAUUAUGUGUUUCCCGGCAGUGGGGAAUCGGGUGUCAAGUCGAGCAAAAGCCUCCCCAGGCUAGAUACACGCAACCAAGCCAUCUCGCCUGGCACACCUUCGUUCCCCCUCUCGGCGGGUGCUCGGAAAGGCUCAACUCCACCCAGUAGGCAAUAUUCACCACUCACCGAGGGAGAGACGCGAGUUGCCGUGGAGCUGAUUUUCGCCGUGAUCAAUGAGAUGUACACAUUAUCUUCAGCAUGGAAUAUCCGCCGAACGCUUCUAACGGCCGCAAAGUCCUUUCUACUCCGCCCUGGUAACCCUUCGUUGCUCACGGUACAAAACCUCAUUCAAUCAUCAGUGCUUGAUGUCAACACCUCGGAUGCCGGAAUUGCUGAACAGCUCCGUAUGAUGAGGGAGAACGCCAUGCCCACGGAAGCAGAGCGAGCAAACUGGCCUGCGGAAAUGACCGCGGAGGAGAAGGAGAAGCUAAGAGUCAGGGCCAGGCAAUUGCUUAUCCGAAGUGGUGUUCCCGCGGCGCUGAUGGGUGUCAUGGGACAGGCGGCAACAAGCGAGGCACUUGGCCGCGUGUUUGACUGUCUCCAAAUCGAAGAGGUCGCCCGAGGACUGAUUUUCGGACUUAUGCUUCAAGCCGUGAGGCUGGUAACGCACUAA